UCGUAUUCCAGCCACACCUCCUAUGUACCUCAUGGAUUCCCCUGAGAUCACUAUCACCAUUUUUCAACACAGGACCAGGAUGCCAAGAGCUUACUGUGUGUUGAGCAUUUACUCCAGAGGCCACUGCUAAGUUGGACUGGCUGCCCAUACCUACUGGCAUCUGUCCUGUUGGGAGUGGUGUGGCAGGCAGGGGUGGGAGUGAAGUGGUGGGUGGGGUAGGAGGUGUGUAUGGGAGGUGGAGUAGUUAUGUCAAAGAAUUAGCUAACAUUUAAAAAGCCAAAUAGUGUUUCAUAGAAAUCUGGCCACUGGUGAUGAGCUGCUCCCUCUAUAGACCCUACUGUCCUAGGGCGACUGCUGGUUGCAUAAGCCACGCUAGCAAGACAGAGUGAGCCUCUGCAACCUGUGUCUGGGAGUGGGGAGGUAAGGGCAGCUUGUUCCGGUGGGCCCUCCUCUCCCCGCCCCUUCCCAUAGGCUCCGCCCAACUCCGUCUCGCUGAAGGAGCCUACUGCAGCACAAAUCUCUAGCCCAGCUGCUUUUAACCCUAGCCGAGAUCCUGCUUUCCAGCGCACACAGCUGUGGAAGGAUAGGAGGAGCAGCCUGUGUGGACCACGCAUUGAUACACCAUCCAGGAAACUGACACGUGUUGUGUGCCUGAUUGAGGAGCCCUCUGUAAUGACCUCCAGGGUUAGGGUUAGGGUCUGUGUCACCUGUCACUUCCCAUCCCGUGCCGAGUAAGAACGUGGGCAGGAAGCACGGAGUAGCCUGGCUGUCCCACCAGCCUUUCCAGUUUCUUCCGCGCACCCUGGGCUCCUUGGUGCAUGGCUGUCGUGCUCAACCGUCUUAGCGGCAGCACUGAAGAGUACUGACCCAAGUCGGCUCCAUGCGCCUCCGUCCACACCCAGGCCCCCUCGGCAUGGAGCCUUUCUUCCGGAAGCGGCUCACUUUCUUGUCCUUCUUCUGGGAUAAGAUCUGGCCAGCCGGUGAGUCGGACGAAGACAUCCCCCGGAUACAGGGACUCGACGACAAUCCCGUGCUAGAGCAGCCCGCUGCAGUUGAGCCUUGCAGCUUUCCCGCCCCACGUGCCCGACUCUUCCGCGCGCUCUACGACUUCACUGCUCGGUGUGCAGAGGAACUGAGCGUCAGCCGCGGGGACAGACUCUUCGCCCUCAAGGAGGAGGGUGACUACAUCUUUGCCCAAAGGCUCUCUGGGCCGCCCAGUACCGGACUGGUUCCAGUCACCUACCUUGCCAAGGCCACACCUGAGACACCCUCGGACCAACCCUGGUACUUCAGUGGGAUCAGCAGAACUCAGGCCCAGCAGCUGCUCUUGUCUCCUGCCAAUGCACCGGGGGCCUUUCUCAUCCGGCCUAGCGAAAGCAGCAUCGGGGGAUAUUCCCUGUCAGUCCGGGCCCCAACCAAAGUCUGCCACUACCGCAUCUGCAUGGCACCCUGUGGCAGCCUCUACCUGCAGGAGGGCCGGCUCUUCCCCAGCCUGGAUGCAUUGCUCGAUUACUACAAGACCAACUGGAAGCUGAUCCAGAAUCCUCUGUUGCAGCCCUGCAUACCCCAGGUGCCCCUGGCUCAGGACGAGUGGGAACGGCCACGAUCAGAAUUUGUCCUUCGGAGAAAGCUGGGUGAAGGCUUCUUCGGUGAGGUGUGGGAAGGCCUGUGGCUGGGCUCUAUGCCUGUAGCGGUGAAGGUUAUCAAAUCAGCUGACAUGAAACUGGCAGACCUCACUAAGGAGAUUGAAGCGCUGAAGAGCUUGAGGCAUGAGCGGCUGAUCCGGCUGCACGCCAUAUGCUCCCUGGGUGAACCUGUGUACAUCGUUACUGAACUCAUGGGCAAGGGCAACCUGCAGGUCUACCUGGGCAGCCCGGAGGGAAAGGCCCUGAACCUGCCUCAUCUACUGGGGUUUGCCUGCCAGGUAGCUGAGGGCAUGAGCUACCUGGAGGAACGACGGGUUGUACACCGGGACUUGGCCGCCAGGAACGUGCUCGUGGGUGAUGACCUCACCUGCAAGGUAGCUGAUUUUGGCCUGGCCAGGCUGCUCAAGGAUGAUGUCUACUCCCCAAGCAGUGGCUCCAAGAUCCCUGUCAAGUGGACAGCACCCGAGGCAGCUAAUUACCGUGUCUUCUCCCAGAAGUCAGAUGUCUGGUCCUUCGGCAUCUUGCUGUAUGAGGUCUUCACUUACGGCCAGUGUCCCUAUGAAGGAAUGACCAACCAUGAGACACUACAGCAGAUCAGCCGUGGAUACCGCCUGCCACGCCCAGCUGCCUGCCCAGCAGAGGUCUAUGUGCUUAUGGUGGAGUGUUGGAAGGGCAGUCCUGAGGAGCGUCCCACCUUUGCCACGCUGAGGGAGAAGCUGAACGCGAUCCACAGGCGGCUCCACCUGAGCCUCACGUGACCAAGUCUCCAGUCCCACAGGCAGCCAUUCCAGUAACUGCUUCCUGAAGGGUGUCUCCCAAGGGAACACUUGUCACUAACACACACGGGAGAUGCUAACACCUGGGAAUGGCAACAGCCCGCGAGAAACAAACACUGGGGCUCCUUCACUGACAUAGGCUGGUACUUCCAUGUACCCACCAGACGGAUGCAUGCAGACAGGGCCUGGUCAUGAGUACUCGCUUAGAAGUGAGGGCUGAUGUCCUCCUCCUGGCAUAGUUUGAAUCCCUGGUGUUUCCAACCUGUUGAUGAUAAAGUAUCAAAGCUGUAAGAAAGUGCUGGACAAAAGAAUUCCAGCAGAGCCAGCUGUUUCCUCCCUGCCCUUACCUCACUCUGAGCUUCCUCCGCUCCCUCCUAAGAUCAGGGAUGAGAAGCCCAGUUUCUCUCAAGUCUUACUGUGGGUUUGAUGGACUAUCCAGUGUGAGGGUUCCCAAGCUGGGUACUCAGAGGAGACAGUGGCAUCACCUGCCCACGCCCACUGCCCGACAGGUAUGGGCAAACCUUAGGUACACAGAGUCAGCUUCAAUAAACGUGUUCCAAAUGGAUUCACAUACCAGUUCCCAGAAUGGAGUGCUGGAGACUCUAAAAGAUGGGAGGAAGAGUUGAACCAUACCCAGAGCCAAAGCAGCAUUCCAGUGUGGACCCCCACGAUAGUAACAGUGAAAGUGGCUGGGGCCAAGUGAACAGCCCCUUCCAGCUCCCUGGCCUGGGGUUGAAGUCAGAAGGCUCUUCAGUUUCAGAAAGGGCAGACUGGUGUGGUUUGGUGGUCAGAACUCCUAGACCUUUUCCAGAUGCAGAAGGAUGAAGAUAUAGGUAGGAUUCUGACAACCAGACAAUCUACUUUCUGGGGCAAAGCCCCUGUGGGUCACUUUUGUGUUUGAGCGUGACGCCUGGAGAAGCUGGGUCUUGGAUCACUCAACACGUUAACCAGGAGCAGUAUGCUGGGGAUUAGGGGCCUUUGCUGGGGACCCAAGGCCAUUUUACUCUCCCAGCAGCUGUGUCCAGAAGGCUGGAAGGCAGAAAGCCUGGCAGUCCCCUAGAGGACAUGGAAUGUGGGGCCAGCUCUGCACCCACU